UACGUCGGGCUCUGACUCGCCUCACCUUGCGAUGUUCAAUCGUCGCGCCUUGUUCUGCGAGAAGCGCACACAACCAGCUGCGCCAUGAAGGAAGCCAAAAUGCUCGAUGGGUACUCUGGGUACUCGCCUGGCGAUGGGUUUCGACAAGUGGAGCUUCUGGCGCCUCUCGUGGAAGAAGCGGCAUCGUCCAACACCGAGCUAUGGCUCGUGCAACUCCCUGUGAACGAAUUAGGUCCCAAGGACUUGAUGGACAAACAAUGGGUCAUACAACCUCCUGAUUCGGAUGGCAAAAUUGGGCACUUCUACAGCAUUCGAGGAGAUAUAUGUAACGUGGUGACGGAGAAUGUGGAUAGGAAGAAGUUAUAUGCAAUAAUGCCAGGCUCUUCUCAGCAUUCUGUGCGUAGAAUUACAUCUAAAGUAUGUUUUAGACGACAGCUUGAGAUACAGAAAGAGACUUCACUUGGUGGCCGUAGCAUAAGAUCUGGCAUAACAUCAGGGGAAAAAUCUAGAGGAGAUUCAACGAGAUCGGUUCAGAAACGGGCUCUUACAGACGAGAAGCAAACAAGUGGUGUGACGGAGGGAUCCGUUGGAAACUCUGAGGUCAAGAAGGAGAGCAAGAAGAAAAAGAAAAAAACCGACCUUUCUGCGACAGAAGGAUCUAUAGGGAAUUCCGAGAUUGAGAAAGAUAGCAAGAAGAAAAAGAAAAAAGAGAAGAGAUCGAAAUCUAGCUGAAAACAUAGAAAGAGCGUUGCAACUAUACGCAACUCUGAUUCUGCAGAUGAAGUUGCUUGCUCCCAGAAUUCCUGCCCGGAUGAAUUGGCCGUUUACGGCCCUGUCUGUCCGAGAUAUUUUUGACUUUUCCUCCACCAACUGGUCAGGAGCCCAUGGCAACUUAGUUGUGCACCUUGUAAAGAUCCCAAUGCCACACAUGCCAUGGGAUGCAACAGAGUUUUGCAGGGAAGUAGUCAAGAAAAAGAAAAAAGAAAACAUUUCUUAAUAUACUUGAUCAUGUGGCAUGAUCGCCUGGAUCAAGGCUUGCAACACCGAGAAGCAGUUUGAAGUAGCAGGAGCCAGAUGACGUAUGGUGGUACUAUGUUAUUAAUGUGUGGGAAAACGUGCACGUUCUAUUUUUUCUUUCAGAACACUUGCCAUGUU